GAGAGCGGGAGAUGGCGGGAGUUCUCAAUGUUGUUAUACGCAUUUGAGGAGAGUACAUGUCGGAGAAAUCUACAAAUAUUAAAAUUAGAAAGCAAAUUGCAUCGGCGCUGAAUUUCUUUUCACCAGACAACCUCGGCCCCACCAUCAUGUUUUCUGACCCAGCAACUCGGACAGAUGGAAUGCUCCUGGCCCCGCCGAGCUCGGGGGGCGCUGGGGGCCCGGUGUUCGAUAGGGUCCAGCCCUCCUACAGCAGCCAAUCUGAGUGCUUCAGGGUUGGAGAGCGCAGCUUCAGCCGCCAAUAUGCGCACAUGUACGCCACAAGGCUGAUGGAGAUGAGGGACAUCCUCACCAGCAAAGCCAAGCAGACAUGGGGAGCUGAUGUGAAAGUGAGACGACUAUGUGAUCUUCAGAAUGGGGAACAGUGUUGCAUUGUGGGAACCGUCUUCAAACACAUGGAGCUUCAGCCAUCCAUCCUGAAAGAGAUCAGUGAGGAGCAUAACCUGCUGCCCCAGCCACCACGUGCAAAGUACAUCAGCCAAUCUGAUGAACUCAUUCUAGAAGACGAGUUGCAGAGAAUCAGACUGGAGGGCAACAUUGACACGGCCAAGUUUGUCACAGGGAGUGUUAUUGCAGUGCUUGGAGUUGAGAAGAACGAUGGAAAGUUCACCGUGGAGGCUUUCUGUACAGGCGAUCUGCCCCCACAGUCCCCUAGAUCUCGCCUAAGCUCUGACCGGUUCGUACUCCUAGCUUCAGGGCUGGGCCUGGGCAGCAGUGGCGGGGACAGCCUUUUGGGCCUGCAGCUGCUAGUGGACAUGGUGUCGGGGCAGCUGGGUGAUCAGGGUGAGCAGAGCAGGGCAGCUUGCAUCUCUCGUGUGCUGCUAGCCGGUAACAUGCUGAGCCACAGCACCCAGGACAAGGACUCUCUUAGCAAGGCCAAAUACCUGACAAAGAAGACACAAGCAGGCAGCGUGGAAGCCAUUCGUAUGCUGGAUGAGUUGCUGGUGCAGCUGGUGGCCUCCGUGCCAGUGGAUGUAAUGCCUGGACAGUAUGACCCCACCAACUACACGCUCCCGCAGCAGCCCCUCCACCGCUGCAUGUUUCCCCUGUCCACAGCCUACCCCACAUUGCAGCUUGUCACCAACCCCUACCAGGCUGACAUCGAUGGAGUCCGGUUUCUGGGGACUUCUGGUCAGAACGUGAGUGAUAUGGUGAAGUACAGCAGCAUGGAUGACCACCUCGAGGUGAUGGAGAGCACGCUACGCCUCCGUCACCUGGCGCCCACAGCCCCAGACACCCUGGGCUGCUACCCAUUCUACCAGAAUGACCCCUUCAUUCUGCAGGAGUGCCCAUAUGUUUAUUUCAGCGGAAACGCGCCCACCUACCAGGCCAAGAAGAUUACUGGUGAGGAUGGUCAGGAGGUUCUCCUGGUCACAGUCCCAGAAUUCAGCAGCACGCAGACAGCCUGUCUGGUUAACCUGCGAAGUCUGGAGUGUGAGCCCAUCGUUUUCUCCUCAUUCUGUCCUGAGGACGAGGAGGAGAGUGAGAUGAACAUAAGCCACUGAGAGCAUCAGAUUCUGUCCUUGAUUUUUGUCAGCUUUGCAGUUUGUGCACAGGGCAGCUCUGCUUUUCAGAGUUCAUCUCUGCAGUACCCGCACCCGUGCGCCAUCACUGCUGCGGUAAAUCCAUCUGAUGGAACAGUUGCCUGUGGUUGUUCAUCCAUAUACCUGCACUUUUUUCCCCCAAGAACCAGAACUCUCAAAAAUGCUGCUUUCAGUGAAAUUUAUGGUUGAAACUCUUAACUGACAAAUAAGCAAAAAAGACUUAGCAGAUAUGUGACAUUUGGUACAUCGUUUAUGGGAUCCUUUGGGGAAAAAUGCAGCAUUUAAAACAAGAUUUUACAGAUGUUUCCUUCCUUACUUCAUAAAACAAAUAUUAAACAAUAUUCAUUUCUGUAUAUCAACUGUUAUAUUUAACCACACUGGCUAAGAGACAAAAAUGUAAAUAAACCCAAGUUUUUUUUUAUAAUAAAAUGCAUCCUCUUAUCUUGAGUGGUUGGUAAGUUUUUCUUAUGAAAUUACUGCACAAAGGGCUAUUUUUAUUUUUUGGUGCUAUCUUACAAAGUGAUAGCCACUCCAGGAAUGUCAUCGCCAUUGUCUCUUUUUAUUUAAC